AUGGCGACUGAACGCUCUUUGGGCGCUCUUCUGAGAUCGCUUCAAUACUCAUCUGACCUUCAGGAUGUCUUCACUUUGCUUCCCACGGCGACAAGCCUUUUGACCGUUCUUGGAAAUCCUCUGAAUAUUACUCUGCUCGCAUCGCAGCUGCUAGCAACCCCAGCAAUUUGGGACCGCCCUGUCGAUCUUCUCACGUGUCGCAAGAUCCUCAGCAUAUUCAACACAGCCGCCAUCGCGAUAGUACAAAGCGAAGCUUCUGACGAUUCGAGGACACCCUACACAAAGGCUAGGAAGAUUGAACGUGAGGACUGGGUUAAAGCUGUUGUCAAUGGAGCGGAUGAUAAGUCGCCGCGAUGGAGACACACAAUCUUGAUUGGGGGGUUACUGCUGGGAUUCGAGGGACAGAACAGACAGGGGUUGCCGUGGCACGUCCGGCGUAAGUUGGAAAGGGCGCUUGUGACGGCUGCACAGCUUGCGCUCGAGGAGCUGGAUCCCCGGAAUGAGAUUGACGGUCGUUGUGUCACCAUGGUUCUGAACUACUCCUUUGAACUGCUAUCGGACUCCGAAAGGAGCAAGCUUGACUACGACAUCUUGCUACCCGUCAUGGUCAAUGCCACCUAUGCAUCACCUGAAGGCUUGGAGGGAGGAUACUUCCUAGGUACUGUGGACAAAGACAUUGUGGAAGCCCCUGGCAAGCAAUUCCAGUGGUUGGCACAGUCUGACACGUUUGCUCGUGUGACGGCGAUCUCAUCUAGUCCUCUCGUGUCUGCCCUAGGGCCUCUGUCCCGGCUCAUGGCGCAUGCCAUUGAAAACGCAAAAGACCCUGGUCUGGUUGCUCAGACUUUGGACCACAUCACGGACUUUGUGCGUACACUUAUGGUGCAGUGGCGGCUCAACAAGUUAUCGGAGGUCGACAAAUCUGAGGAAGCUGAGUUCCUUGACGCCGAGUCGUUGAGGACCACCAUCCCAGGACUUUGGAGACUGCUUCGUAAUUGCUUAUAUUCCAUUGUCAUUGUUCUCCGGGCUGUCCUGGGAAGAGUGAUCAACGACCCUGUAUUGGCUGCUCACCGCAGUGCUCCGUUCAUAUCCAUGCAGGUUCUCCAUAUUCUGCGGAAUCUCUAUUUCAUAUCAUCCCGCAUGGGCCAGAACGCUUCUUCGCAGCACAUGUUCGUGACCUUAACAGCCGUGGAUAUCCUCUCACAUUAUCCCGAUCUAGCCGAGAAUUUUCUGAGAAGCAUCAAGCCCAGUGAGCUCGGCCAGAUCCCCGACCAUCCUAUCGAGCGAUGCCUGGACCUGUUCUUCCUCAACACGUCGGAGCUUUUUACACCCUUGCUAUCACCCGCAUGCAGCGAAGAGCUUCUCGUUGCAGCAGCCGUUCCUUACCUUCCAGCAGGCGGAAAUAACCAUCUCCUCGAGAUCUUCGAAGCCGCCCACAGCACGGUCCUAGCCGUAUUCGCCAUCCCGAACAACGCCGCCGUAGCAGCCAAACAUCUCCCAUUCUACAUCGACAACCUAUUUUCUGUAUUCCCCGAAAACCUCUCAGCCCGUCAAUUCCGACUAGCCUUUAAAACCGUCAUCCAAGUCACGGCACCCCCCUCCCCAAUCCGCCAACACCCAGCGUCUCCUCCCAUCCACCCUCCUCGAAGUUCUNUACGACCGAGCACUCCACGCAUCCGACCAACUACUCCCCGAACCAACAUCGACGCAACUCGAGGGCCCCGACCUCGGCAAAUCCCCGCCCGUGAGUGGCUUCCUCUCACGGCGCACUUGCUCAACACCAUCAAGACCCCGGAUAUGCAUAAGCAAUGCGUGGAACGGUUCUGGGAGGCGCUGAGUAGCGGCGAGAUGGAUGUUGAACGGGCGCAUUUCUGCGUCACGUGGUGGAGUACGCGUGGUGGGAGGGAGCUCGUUCUUUAUGGGGAUGACUUCGGGGCCGAUGCGGAACAUAGGCAUGAUGAGGCUGAGGGACAGGGACAGGAACAGGGGGCGUAUAUGAGUGGUGCUCUUGGUGCGGUGGCGAGGGAGAGUAAGCUUUAG